AUGGUCCGCCUGCUCACCAUCCUCCUCUUGGCCUCCUUCUACAUCUCUGUGUUGCCGCUGACGAUGAAGAUGUACAGCGCGGUGCCGAAUUGGAUCACCGCGGAGACGUUCCCCAUCUACUUGUCUAUCCAAGAGGAACGCGGUGGAUACGACGAUAUCAAGCAACUGGAGGCCCUUUUGCUGACCACCUACAAGAACGGGACAUUCGAGGGCGAUACGGCGGUCUUCGACGAAGACCUCACCGCGAAGUUUACCAAGGGAUUCGACCAGUGGUUCGGGGUGACUUUCCUGCUUUGUGAAGCGCCGAGCCCCGCCCCACGCACAAGGUGUCCGGAAUGCGGAACUAUGAAGCUGAGCUUUCGCGGGGAAAACAAAGGCAAACUGCCGGACCGCAUCAAGUUUGCCUGCGAUCGAGCGCUGGGUCAACGCAUUGUGAUCACCAUCGGGCAGGUACGGAUCUGCGGCCACGUCGUUCUCCUAUUGGAAUGUGCUCCUUGCAUCGAUGAUCCUGAUCCUGCCACUUCUCUAGCUUUCUUGAGACUACAACUGCCACGACCACGCUCUGCCUGCCGACCCCCGCGCCCAGAAGACCCGAAGCAACACACAUAUCGCCAGAUAUUUGCAUUCCUUAAUACUGCCCAUAAU